AGUACUUUAAUUUCCUCAAAUAUGGUCUGCCCCAGAUGAUAUCACACCCUCUCCCACUUACCACCUUCUUCCCAACAAAUAAUAUUAUCCUCCAUAUAAUUUUCAACCAUUUUUCUUCUAUAAUUAUCAACUACUGUACUUCUUCCUUCAUUUUCUCUCUCCUCCAAUCCUUCAAUGGCGAAAUCAAUGAAGCAUGACAACAACAACAACAACCCCUUCGACCUCCUCAACAAAGAACUCCUCUUCAUAAUCCUCGAUCAUCUCUCCAUUGACGACCACCUUGCUGUUAAAUCAUUUUCUCUCUCCUCAAAAUCAUUCCACUCCGCCGAAUACCAACACCGAAGAUCCGCCAAACUCCUCCGACCCGAAUUCCUCCCUUGCGUCCUUCGUCGUUACCCGUUUCUCUCUCAUCUCGACCUCUCUCUCUGCCCUCGAAUCACUGAUACCCAGAUCCAAACGACGUCGUCUUUGGGACCCGUUUUGCGGUCCAUUAAGCUUACUUUGUGUAGGUUUGUAACCGGGUCAGGGGUUUCGGAACUGGUAUCAAAAUGCCCGAAUUUGGUGGAGUUGGAUCUUAGUAAUGGUACUGAGCUUAGUGACUCUGCUGCUGCCGCCAUUGCUGGGGCACAGAACUUGGAGAGGUUGGUAAUGGUGAGAUGUAAACGGGUUUCUGAUAUGGGUAUUGGGUGUAUUGCUGUUGGUUGUAAGAAAUUGAAGAGGGUUAGUUUGAAAUGGUGUUUAAGGGUUACUGAUUUAGGGGUUGGUCUUCUUGCCCUUAAAUGCAAGGACCUUUGCUCUUUGGAUCUUUCUUAUGUUCCGAUUACAGAGAAAAGCCUUAAGCCUAUAUUGCAGCUAUCUUCUCUGGAAGAUCUAGUGUUAGUGGGGUGUCUUGGCAUUGAUGAUGAGGGACUUGGUUUACUUGACAAAGGUCACUCUAUGUUGAAGACACUCGAUUUAUCCAACCGUCAGAACAUCAGUCACACUGGUUUAGCCAAUUUGACUAGAGGUGCUAGAUCCCUGAGAGAGAUCAUAUUGGCAUAUGGCUCAGCUGUUACUCUUGACGUAGCAAAAUGUCUUCAGAAUCUCUCAAUGUUACAGUUAUACAAAUUGGAAUUUGGGAGAAAAAAAAGGAGAGAUGUUGUGGGAUAGCCAAUAGGAAGAAGCCACAGUAUGAAAAAGGGUCCCACCCAGAAAUUAUGGGACGUUAGCCAUUAAUUUGUCUCUUUUUUUUAUGUGUUGUGGUAAGUAUAAUUGUAUUCGUAUCUUAGUGAGCCGCCUCUAAUGUCUGCUUCGUGAUUGUAUUUGUAUCCUAAUCACCAAUCCAGUCAAACCCACAUGUUUUGACCA